AUGGCAAGGCCACACCGUGGAGAUGCUACUCUGCCAAGCUUCUUGGUCACCUUCAUUUUCCUGCAGCUCCUGCCUGCUGGAAACGGAAAAUCAGACUUCUGUGUCCUUGGACCUCCUGACCCACUUCUGGCCCUAGUUGGGCAAGACCAAGAGUUGCCUUGCAAACUGUCACCCAACAUCAGUGCGGAGGGCAUGGAGCUGAGGUGGUACAGGGACCAGCCCUCACAGGCUGUGCAUGUGCACAAGGAUGGGGAGGACGUGUAUGAAGAGCAGAUGGAGGACUACAGGGGGAGGACCACGUUCGUCGGCAACCACAUGGUCAGAGGAGAGGUCGCUGUGAGGAUACGCAAUGUCACCGUGUCCGAUAACGGGACUUAUCACUGUGUCUUCAAGGAGCACACAUCCCACAGCCAGGCCACCCUGUGGUUGAAGGUGGCAGGGCUAGGCUCAUCACCGAGAAUCCAUGUGACUGGCACCCAGGACAAAAGCAUACGGGCAGAGUGCACCUCAGCAGGCUGGUUCCCAGAGCCUAAGGUGGAGUGGCUGGACCUCAGAGGACAGCCAGUGCCGGCUGAGACUCACUUCUCGGCCUCAGCCAGCACUGGCCUCUUGGCCGUGGUGUCCAUUGUGACUCCCCAGGACAGGGCUGUGGAGGGCCUGACUUGCUCCAUCUCCAACCCCCUCCUCCCUGAGAAGAAGGUGGCUGAGACUUACCUGCCUGCUGCCCUGUUUAGAAGGCCUCCAUCCACGGAGAGGGGACCAGCUCUGCCUCUGAUCCUCACGGCGCUGGGGCUUGUCACAGCAGCAAUUGCCUGUGCCUUCGGGAGGUCACACAAAGAGGAUAAAAGUGAGGAAGAAGAAGCGGAUCCAGGAACUGGUGCUGAGGCUGAGCCCUCCCACGCCAGCCUGUCCCUGGACCCUGAAACCGGGAGCCCCAAACUCAUGGUGUCUGAAGACCAGAAAAGUGUGAAGCGGUUGUUAUUUGACCAGGACUUGUCUCCCAAUUCCAAAAGAUUUGACCAAGACCCCUGCAUCCUGGCCCAAGAGCGGUUUGAUACAGGGAGACAUUACUGGGAAGUAGAGGUCGGGGACAGGCGGGCCUGGAUUCUGGGUGUGUGUCUGGAAAGUUUGGGACGGGAAGGAAGGAUCCCUAAGUCACCUCAGCAUGGCCUCUGGGCACUUGAGUUUUACAAGAAGAAACUCCAGGCCCUCUCCUACCCCAGGACUCGCCUGUCUCCUCCGCAACCCCUCUGGCGUGUGGGUAUCUUCUUAGACUUUGAGGCAGGAGAAAUCUCCUUUCACAAUGCAGCUGACGGCUCCCAGAUCUAUGUGUUCUCUGGGCUGUCUUUUUCUGGUCCCUUACAGCCAUUCUUCUGCCUCUGGACCCAUGACCCCAGGCCCCUAACCAUCUGCUCAGUGGUCAGAGAGGCAGAAGAAGACACAGAAUCCUCUGGAGGUCCUUGA